GCUUCCCACUUCGGGCAGGCGAUAGACAUCGUGAACCAAAUGAUCGACUCCAAGAUGGCGGCUGUACCGGAAAACAACAACAACAUCCCUCGUCCGGCUAACGGCAGACGACAGACCAACUGCACGAUCAUGCUGGGCUACACGUCCAACAUGGUGUCGUCCGGCAACCGGGAGGUCAUCCGGUUUUUGGCACAGCACAACAUGAUUGAUUGUAUCGUGACGUCAGCUGGAGGUAUAGAGGAGGAUUUUAUCAAGUGUUUCAGUUCGUUCUACAUGGGGGAUUUUAAGCUGAAGGGGUCUGAACUGAUCAAGAAGAGCCAUAACAGAACAGGAAAUCUGCUGGUACCAAACUCUAACUACUGCAGACUGCAUGAAUGGAUGGAUCCCAUUCUAGACACCAUGUUGCAGGAACAAAAACAGGGCACCGAGUGGACACCAUCUAAACUGAUCUGGAGAUUGGGCAAGGAGGUCAACAACCCCGAGUCCAUCUACUACUGGGCCUACAGAAACAAGAUUCCGGUCUUCUGCCCGGCCAUAACGGACGGUGCCAUUGGUGACGUCCUGUACUUCCACAGACACAAACACCCGGGCUACAGCCUCAAACUGGACCUGGUGGCGGACGUGCAAGAAGUCAACGACAUCGCGCUGUUUUCAUUUAACACAGGUGUGAUUAUACUUGGCGGUGGUGUCAUCAAGCACCACAUCCUAAACGCCAACAUUUUCCGAUGCGGCACUGACUUCUGUGUUUACGUCAACACCGGAAACGAGUUUGACGGCAGCGACGCAGGCGCCAGCCCAGACGAGGCUGUCUCAUGGGGGAAAAUCAGCACAUCAUGCAAGCCCGUGAAGAUUGUUGCAGACGCCACGCUAAUCUUUCCUGUUCUGGUGGGUCAAACGUUUGCUAAACGACAGGCGGAGUUCUCUGCUCUUGGCAAGGGUCACAGCUAGCCUAUGUAUAGACCAUUGUUUACCUAUCCUAUGCCUUCUUGUGAUAUUUCAGAUUUUUAUCUUUUUUAAAUUUAAUUACAAAAUGUUAUUUAUUAUGAUUAUGUAUACAUGUUUAAUAUCGCACCCACACACUGGGUUUUUUGGGGAAAUUUACUGGUGUUUUUUCUCUUUUAUAUGCUUUUGAUUUUAUGGUAUGAACAUUUCAAUACAAAAUUUACAAUAGUAUUCAUAUAUCUACUACAGUGAUUUUUUAAUUUAA